GCCGGCGUGACGUCAUAUUCCGGCGACAGUUCUCCGUCUGUGUACAUGUAGAGCCCCAAACGAUUUUCAACAUAGACUUUGCGUUUUUAAGGUAGAAUUUAAAACCAAAUACAUUCUGUGAGUUAUGAACUAUCGGCACGGAAGUGAGAGACGACCUCGCUUAUCCAGACAGUAAGGGGUUGUAGCCAGUCAGCGGUGUUCAUUUGGCAAGUACAAGCUCUGCUACGGUCGCUAGCUAGCAGUGAGCUUAGCUCCUGUAUACCGGAUGUCCAUGCAUUGCGGAUGUUGGUGCAGAAUAAAUGAGCAGUAAUGCGACAGAUUCAACACUGGCAUUGAUUUGAUUCCGUUUGAUUCCGUGUUUCUCAGGCUGAUUUUUGCUGUUUGUUGGUUCUGAUUUUUUAUUUUAUUUUAUUUAUGUAUAUUUUGGUUUAUGAGCUAAUAUUUUACUCCUUAUUUCCAGAUCCGGUUUCCAUCAGAUCUGUCCAUUAUAUCACAUGCCUAUUUUUAAAUAUAACAUUUUUCAUGUUAAAAAAUUUUUUAAUAUCAAUUCGUAUGAGUUCUGAGAGAGGAUCGCACUGAUUUUUCAGUCUAAUAUAUAUUUUUCUAGUAUGUCUGUGCAUUUCCAAUUGGUCCACUUAUGUUGAAAGACAACCUGUGUCCUGUAUAUCAGGGAACAGUUUUCUCUUCAGCUUCACUUCCAUAGCGUUGUCACCCAAGGUAGGAGCAUUGGGGCGUGCCAUGCCCUGUGCACGCUGGGUGAAUCCCAGUCAUGACUAAGUGUGUGAAUGGCGCUCCACUGCCUGUGACCCAUGAGUGAAUAUUAUGAGGAGGGCGGGUUGCUGUACGAGCGCUCGCCUCCCAUGCACAUUAAAGUGGAGUCGCCUGAAGGGGCCUUCGGGGGUCGUGUCUCGGAGGACGGCUUCCCACGCGAAGACGACGACUCCGAGGGCAGCUGCGAUCACGCCGGUCUGCCUUUCAACGUCGUGGUCGUGCAUCCCAACAUUGUUGCUCCUGGAGUGGCUUCUGAUGAAAUGAUACCCAUUCAACAAAACAGAGGUGUUUCAGCAGCACUGGCUUCAGGGGGUGCAGGGAAAAGGAAGAGUAGGUUUAGCGGUGCUGAGCUGGAGGUGCUGGUCUCUGAAGUAACCCGGUGCGAAGGGGAAUUGUUCGGCCCGGCCGGCAGACUCAGGCGGCGUGAGAGAGAGCGAAUAUGGGCCGGAAUCUUGGAGCGUGUGAACGCUGUUUCCCGAGUCCCACGCACCCUUCGGGAAGUAAAGAAACGUUGGGACGACCUGAAGAGGCGCAACGGUGGAAAGCUGGCAGACGCGAGGUUCCGCUCAUGGCUUCCUUCCAGUAGAGGGAGUGCAGUUCUGGGAGGGCCUAGCCAGUUGAGCCCCAGGUUUCACCAAUCCCGACAAAAAUUGAGUACAAGGGGAAAGGCCAGUUUCACCUGUUUGUCUGACACUGAUCCAGUUACAGGAGGAGACGGUUCUGAGAGAGAUGGCUUUGAAAAAGAGGACGAGUCUCAUGAGCAGGACGGUGAUGAAGGAACCAAUUGCGAUGGUGUUGAUAACAGCAUGGACGACAAACUGGGAUUAGGCCUCGGGUUAGGAAUAGUUCCGGCCGCGACGUCUGAACGCUGGCUUCCUCCUUCGCCGCUCUAUAGCGCCCCCUUCCUGAACGGUACUCCUCAGCCAAGCCCAGAACCAUCACUUGGAGCUCAUCACGGCCCCAUUGAUCCUCCUCCUUCACGCACUUCCUGGCUGGAGGAUGAACUCCGGGGACUCGGGGAAGCAGCUGUGCAGCUUGGAGAUCGCCUCGAGCAGAACUUGAGGGAGUUCGGAGAAGGUUUCAGACGCGACAUGCGAACACUCGUGGCCUCACAGGAGGCUCUGACAAUCAGCUUGCAGCAAAAUAAUUUGCUCUUGCAAAGACUUCUGGGUCUUCUGGAAAUGCAGCAGCAGCAGCAAAUGCAGCCUCCGCAGCACCAAAUUCCCCAUCACCAGCUUCCGCAGCGAUCGUCUCAAGAGCAUUUGCAGCAUCAGCAGCAACCAAAUGAUCUCCCACAGCAAAUUUUAUCCCAAGAGCUCGAACAACAAAUCCCCCAAAAUGCAAGUGAACAAAUAUCAACGGCUGCUACGUCUGUUCCGCUACCCCCGGAUAUUUUAGAUGGUACUUCCCAGCCUGAAUCAGCUACUGAGAUGAACGUCCAGAGGCCAUGUCGAGGAAGACCAGGAGACCACAGACGGAAGCGAAGACAUUAGAGAUGUAAAUUGUUCUAAAAUGCUGUUUGUUUCUACAGAGGUUUUUUAUGAAGGUGGGCAGUAGAGUACGGAAAGGUCUUGCCAUAUAAAAACAUUUUGCCUGUUGAAAAUAUUAAUGAUGAUAAAUCAAUGGGUUAUUCUGUGUUAAAUAGCUGUGGAUUUGUUCAAAAUUCGUUUGCAGAGCACUGCAUGGGAUGUGGUUUUUUUUUAAUUUUUUUUUACUGUAAAAAAAAAAAAAGGGCUGGGAUUGGGAACUUGUGUGAUAAAAGAUUGACAAACGAUAGACACGGUAAGGAAGAGGUAUAGUUACAGAACUGGGAUGUGACGUAUGUCUAACUAGGUUGGGGUUUUAUAGUUUUACAUGACGGUCCUCUAUUUUAUUCAGUUAUUAUCCAGUUUAUUAGGAACACUUGCACCUCCAUGCGUUUAUCACAUCAGGCAAUCAUGUGCCAUCAGAACAGUGUAUAAAAGCAGGCAGAUACGAGCCAACAGCUUCAGUUACUGUUCCUAUAGAUUAGAAAGGGGGGAAAAAAAACUUGAUCUCUGUGACCUUAAGCAGUUUUUAGGCGUAAAAUGGCUGGUUUGAGUAUUUCAGAACCUGCUGAUCUUUUAGGAUUUUCUCACGUGAACAUUUCCAGAUUUUCUUUAGAAAAGUGAGAAAAUAAAAAACAUCGCAGGUGCAGAGGGUCUGCAGGUUGAAUCCCUUUUUGAUUAUGGAAUUAAGAGUAAAAUGACCAGACUGCUCUGUAGUACAUUAUAAUUUUCUAUUGUGGAGAAGACUACACGAAGGUCUACUUCUAGAAGAAGCAUCUGAAUCAUUCAAGUCUGGUGAAAGUGUUUGACUGUCCAAUUACUGUUCUGUAAAUCCGUGCCCACCAUAGCUUUAGAUACCUACUUUUGACUGACCAGAGUGGAACCCAGUGUGAUCUGCAGUUUCCUAUCUAUCUUAAGGUUUGAUUUAUUGUGCAUGCUCACCAUGUUUGAAUAUCUGAGCUCCUUUGUCUCCUCCAACCUCUUUUAGCAAAAAAGGUGUUUCCAUUUACAAAACUGUUGUUUUCCUAAAUCUUUUGGACGUUUUACAUCUUUCUUCAUAAAGAGGUUGCUGUGUGUGAAAAUCCUACAAGCAGUUUCUGAAAUACUCCAACCAGCAGCAUUGGCACCAACAACCAUGCCACAGUGAUCAAGCUUUUCAAACAGGUCCUUGACCUGCAUCUGCCGGAUCUUGUGCACUGCACUGCUGCCAAAUGUCUUCUUUUAGAGAUUUGCAAAUGUUCCUAAUAAAGUGGGCAGUUAAAUUAA